AACCAAUAAUGCCGAGGAACGAAUGCAAUAAACAUUAUUGACUUUCUCUGCACCUUUCAGAAGCGCGUAUGUGUGGAUGCCGUCUAUUCACCGCCGGCUUCACUGAGUGCAUUCGUAGUGUUUGUUAAAAGUGCACCAUGGUGAUGCCCGCAGUCGUCAUGUAAACACAGCGGCACAGAGAGCGCUGGAGCUGACGCCGGGAGCUCAGGAACGAUUUACUGCUUGCUGAAACAGGGCCCUCUUUACGAGCCGACUUUUAUUUUAAAGGAGAUCUUUCCUUGUUCCAGCAAUCUUUCGACGCAAAUCAUGUUUUCCGUGCCAUCGUACGUGGAGCGGAAAGGCUCACUCUACCUGAAAUCGGACCACAUGGCUUAUAGCAGGCCCAUCCUCAUCUCCAACUGGCACCAGGCGCGUGAGGCCGAGCCCAAGGAUUACGACGUGUCACAUUCCAUGGGCAAUCGCAGCAUGCACCUCUCUACCUACAGACGCCUCGGCAACUCCUCCCACGAGGAUUGGAGAACGACGACGGGAUCGCAGCUGGAACAGAUUCUACUCCUCAAGCCCCGCGGGUCGUGGGGGACACAGACGCGUCCAUUGACCGUGCAGAACCUCCCCGUGACAGAACAUAAAAGGGACACCAACAGACCUAAGACUGGCGGUGGGGCAGUUUUGCCACGGUAUCAUCCCACCUACGACACUUACUUAACGCGACUGAAAACGAUCUAUCAGGCUGACUACAUCCCACCAUACUCGCACAUAUCCAGCACAAGGGCUGGGCCGCCCUUCCCGCCGAUUCUCUGGGGCUCGUACAGGAAGCCUCCCACCCAGUUCACGGCCACAGCCGCUGUCCACCCUCACUCUGGACAGAGCACGUGGCAGGACGAGCAAGACCCCGGCACCAACAACAUCUACAACGUGAAGCGACGCUUCAGCGCCUGUGGAUGACCAGAUCGUAGGCAGGCCAAUAGCCCCAGCUUCAUCCCCCCCCCCCCACGGACGAAAAAAAACUGCAUUCGAAAAAAUAGACAAGUGUGGUGAUCAAUGCGCAGUAUACGCUAUUAAAGGGUCGAUUUGCCAACACCAAUUUGAGUGUAAUUUAGAAGGGCACUUUGCACUAAGAAAGGCGUACGUUAAAUACAAUGUAUUGAUGUCGAUAUGAUUUCACCUAGCCAUCUGUGAAUGGAGUCCCUAAAAUAAGUCAAUUAUAACAUUUUCACAGACUCGAAGGUUAUAUUUUAAAUCACAAAGCCCUUAGAGAAUUCCUUACAUAAAAUGUAAUUUAAUGAUGUUGACUAAUCCCUUCAUAUGCAUUUCUAAUUAUGUUCUUAAAUCUUUAUUUGCUGAUCCUUCAGAAUAUUCUGGUUUCUAUCAUUUAUUUUUAUUGAUUUUAAAUGCUAUUGAGAUGCCUUGUGGUUGACUUUGUUGUUGGAAGUAAAGGAGAGUUUAUCCGAAUGUGAACGCA